GGUUUCAGCACCUUUGUGUUGUAUAGUAACAUACCCAGGAAGUCAUUGUGUAAACUACAGGCACUGCAUACCAAGCUCAAAUUACAAGGGGAAAGAUUGUGUGGAAUCCAAUGGUGUCAUACUGUAAAACAGGUUAUAACACCAUUUCCAGGGCUCAGGACAACGAUUCAUCAUACGCCAGUAAGGCCUCCAGAUACUCAGUGAUACAUC